AAUGGAAACAGACUAUAAUCCCAUGGAGCUAAGCAGUAUGUCAGGAUUUGAAGACAGCUCAGAGCUCAAUGGGUUUGAAGGAACAGAUAUGAAGGACAUGAGGCUAGAAGCCGAAGCAGUCGUGAACGAUGUUCUCUUUGCUGUUAACAACAUGUUUGUCUCGAAAAGCCUGCGCUCGAAAAGCCUGCGCUGUGCAGACGACGUAGCCUACAUCAAUGUGGAAACCAAGGAAAGGAGCAGAUACUGCCUGGAGCUCACAGAAGCAGGGCUUAGGGUGGUAGGUUACGCUUUCGACCAGGUGGAUGAUCACUUGCAGACUCCCUAUUACGAAACCGUCUACUCCUUGUUGGACACGCUCAGCCCUGCGUACUGAGACGCAUUUGGAAAUGCGCUGCUUCAGAGACUGGAAGCUUUGAAAAGGGAUGGGCAGUCAUGACUAACCUUUCCUUGCAGAGGGGCUACUGCUGGUUUAGAAUGUUAACAUAAAACUUGAAAUUCAUGCAUAGAAUC